UUGCUGCAGGGGAAAUAUCCCGCUGCGCGAAACUCGAUCUGCGUGUAAAUUAAAGCCUCCGUAUAUGGCAUGUGCUUAUAGGCCACACUGGCUGGGCUGGAAAGCAAAUAAUGCCAAAAUACGGGGUUUACAUUCGCCGAUUUAGAACACAGUAAAGCGGGCGACGGCAAACAUAAAUGAGUUUGAGUUAUGGUUGUGUUGUAAUGUCAUAGAGGUCGUGUUAACUUUUUGGGAAAGUAAUUACCAUCGGUUGAAAAUCAUAACAGGAACGUAGAAAUAGGAACUAUAAUUAAGCGCUUUCUUUUACGGAUUGAUUAAGUUGUGAUUAAGGGUAAAUGAUUAAGGGUACUAUUGAAUCGAUUCUGUAGGUGAUUAUGUGACUUUAUUAAUAGCGACGUUACGUUACGUCAGGAAUACGUUUAGUUUGAAUGUGGAAUAUCUGCAACGGUAUCUCAAUGAGCGAGGUUAAAGGGGGACAAUGGCUCACAGAAGAAAGAGUGCACACCCUGUGUGCAAAUCUAAACGCUGGGAGACAGAGGAAGACGACGAUGACUCAGACCAAGGGGAACAUGACGUCAUCACGAGGAACGGCCCCGUUGUUAUGGACACGGAAGGUGGUCAAGGUCAGCAGAUCGUGCUGCCCUCUGAUCUCUUCAAGGACUUCGAAGCUGUCAGAACCCAGACGAAGCUGGAUGCCACAGACCUGAUGCGCAGAUUACUCAAGGACUAUCAGAGCUUAGCGUCAGGAGCGGAAAAGUCCCUAAUUGUGGCUACAUCCGAAGGUCAUGAAAUCGAUUACCAUGGCAACGAAUCCAUGGCAACCUCGACAACCUCCAUCGCUAAGGACGUUUCCUUGGCAACCACGCGCGUGGAUACCGAGGACGACCAGUACCAGGGCUUGGAUCUGUCGGUGGGAACACGGAAGAUCAAUUCUCAGUUGUUCGACACUAAGGGCCUAGGGAUGGCGCCGUUUGAACAGCCGCUUGAUCUGACGUGUACCAAGACUCAUCACCACAAGGACGAGCCGGGGAGUCCGUCCCCCGAGCAUAUGGACAUGAACAGCGGUGGAAACGAGUUUAAUUACGUGUACGUGUACCCAGGGAUCUAUCCGCCCGGGGUGAUAGUGAACGCACAUGACGACCUUGACCCUCAUGCUGAGAUGACGUCACCAGUACCGGAACUAAUGUCGCCUGAGCGAAUUCCUUCCCCUGACACGUUGUCGCGUGCUCAGUACCUCGCAACUUCCGUAGCGCUGGAGACGGCUUACGGUUUCUCGAACUUGGGCGAUCGAAACGGCAUGAAGGGCGAGUCUUUUUCGCCGCGUUUGAAGAAAGAAUCGUCCAUGGAUCUUCCGAUACAUCACAAACCGGUUCACAAAGAUUCCAUCCCGUACAUACCACGCGCACCACCCAACAAGACUGGGAAAUCACGUAGCGUAAAGCGGAGCACGGAAAUGAAGGUGAUCUCUGAGCACACUAGCGCUGGCGUGUACACCAGUGUCAUGAAGCUGCCUUGGAGUCGUCGCACGAGAACGAAGAAAUCAAAGACCAGAGAAAAACUAGAAGACACAUUGAUCCCCCAAUUCAUGCUGGAGCAGCAGCAAUUCGCUAACCACGAAGAUGAUGAAAUGCUAAGCCCGAAGUCAUCGCCCGGAAGCGGAAGCGUGGUUUCCUACGGACAGAGCGCUCCGUCACCACAUCCGCCUCCAUGCGCGACGCCGACUUCAUCGGAGUCCGUAAUGAUGGUAUACCCGCAUACGGGUAGCAAUGUCCACGGGAAGCCUAUGAGGAAACGUGGCCGGCCUCCCAAGCUGCCUAUGCUCGCAAAGCUUCUUCACCAACAAGGCAAACGCAAAGAGAUGCAAGGAACCGGCGAUGAGGAAAUGCAUGCUCAGCUUAAACAGCAGGUGCAAGCAAAUGGUGGAAUUCUGUUCUAUAAUUCCGGCGGACGGAUCACAAACGCUUACGAUCACGGCGCGUCAACGCCGGUAUCUCUUUCCGAUACUUCCGGUAAAUCGGGUGAUGAGCCGGCGCAAUUUACGGCACUGACAGGAUUUCCUAAUAUGUCUCAGGCACAGUUUAUCGGACAGAUACCUCUGUCGCAGCUGAUGGGCGGCCCAGUGCAGUUCCUUGGUCAAUUUCCGGCUAACGCGUUACCGUUCCCGGGGCAUCAUCUGGGAGCGUUUCCGAUGGCGAUACCUGUGUCCGAGGAUCAAGCUAAUGUCAAAGUCCCCGACAGAAGUAAAAAUGAGCAUUCGGGCAGCCAGUUCAAUAUAUCGACAACCGCCCAGAUGGCAAUGCCGCCGAUGCCGCCGCUGUUCUUCCCAAAUGCGAUCGGGCCAUUUUCGGAGCCGAUGAAACCAAAGACACCAGAUACCAUCACCGCAGGAGCAGUUAUAAAACACGAACCAACUGACGUUUGUUCAAACGGCAGAAUUUCCUGUAUAAUGUCGUCUGGAGCAACGCACGUUAUGACCAUGCCUAAUUCAAACACAAUCAGCACAAUGAGCACUACAAGUAUCUCGAACACCAAUUCCGGUGCCAUUUACCAGGAAAUGAUCUUGUCCUCAAAGUCCCUAGUUGACGUCAAGAAACGCAAGCGUCCAACGGCCAUUCAGAUGUUGAAAUCCAAAUCUGGGGAUAACAACUUCCUGUGCACGUCGUUCAGAAUAAGACCGCGUUUGGUUGCGCAGGCACAGGCGCAGAAGGAACGGCUUGCGGCUCGUGAGGUAAAAGUUGAAGCAGACGAUAAUUUUACUAUUUCAAAAAACGUGCCGGUUCCCCAAAAUGAUUGUGAUCAUUUUGGGGAGAACAACGAAGACAGCAUUGUGGAUUUUACGAAUAUUCAAAUAAAACAGGAAGUCGAUACUGAUGACGAUGUGUAUGGUACCCUGCAACAGUAUGGCCUUGUUAAUGAUAAAGCAGACACUACAGAAAGAGCCGGGACACGACCUAUUUUACCUACAGCAACCUCUUUGAAAUCAUCGGACGUACCAACGACACCUGAACAUGUCAAAACAGGUAAUGACUCAAAAUCGUUUAUGCUCAAGGGUUCUCAAAAGCGGAAAGCAAAGUUUUAUGGAAGCAGGAUAAUCAACGAGCCGACGGACACGCCUGCUUACAAAAAUAUGUUGCACGAGUCGACAGUUAAGAACGAGGAGGUUCUAAAGGAUUAUAUUCAGGAGAUGUUUAAUUGCAAAAUCUGUAAUAAAGUCAUAUCUGUAGAUGAAAUGGAGUCCCACAGUCUAGACCACAUGAAAAUAACGCUUUACCAAUGUCACGCAUGCAGCAAAAGUUACAGCAAAGCUCAGAUUGCCAAUACAGAGUUCCCAACAUGUGAAUCUUGCAAUGCCCCGCUUGUCACUGUAGAGGAACUUAGUCAACACGGGGAUGCCAUCAUCGCAUGCGACGAAUGCGACGCGAUGUUCAAAUCGUUGCCGGAAUUCUACGAACACAAAACCUGGCAUAAAAAUAGUCUCGUAUCAUCGCAAGCGUUUGAAUGCGACUUUUGUGGUAAGAGUUAUCAGUACUACCACGCUCUACAGUUCCACAGGCGAACGCACAGAGAAAGAAGAGUUCCGUGCCUUGAGAAAACGUGCGACAUGAAAUUCAGGAGCCGGAAGGAGAUGGAGCACCACUUCGACGCAAAGCACCCCGAUAAGAAAGAAUACUUCCACUGUAUCUACGACGGGUGCACGAAGAAGUUCUUGAAGAAUUUUCAUCUUCAGGAGCACAUACGCGUCAAGCACUACAACAUCAAGGCGUUCCAAUGCCCGUGGCCCGGAUGUACGAAGGAGUUUGCAGCCCAGAGACAUUUAAAAAUCCAUCUUUUGAUCCACCGAGACGAAAAGCCAAUGAAAUGCGACCAUUGCGAGUAUAGGUGUCGCCAGCGUAGCGCUAUGAACUGGCACAUGCGUAAACACCCGGAUGUGCCGUACAAAUACAAGCGCGCAGUGAAAUCGCCAAGCGUCUCGAAAUCUGAGAGUGAAUAGAAUCCGAUUAAUGUUUUGGGAUUGAAUCAGAGAACUUUUUGAAUUUCGACACUUUUUGUAUUAGGAUAAUUGAAAUCUACUUUUAAGUAUCAUGUAUCUUGCGCGUCUUGGUCAACAUGAUGCUAUCAUUAUCAAGGCUAUUUAAAUUAACUGAACGAAGAAAACUAUAACGUUUAAGUUCAUUUUUCAAUUUAAAACAAAUGGAACAAACAUGUAAAAAAACUUUUAACAAUUUAUACGAAAAACUAAUUUCUAAAAAACGUCACUCAUUAUCGGACGAUCAACAAUGGCUGUAUCAGAGCGAACGCAAAAGAUGGAUUUUUAAAUGUCUCUAGUUUGCAAAUCAAGGGAGGACAAUAAUUGAAGGACAGAAACUUUUUGUGGAAGUCUACCUCAGCAAAACGUCGAGGACAUAAUUACAGUGCGCAUUAAAGUGAGAAAAUGGUUUAAAAUUUAUUAACGGACGAAUAAAGGGAGGCAACUCUUAUAUGAGUUCAAUCAUUAUUUUUUGCAUUGGUGUAGCAGUUUCAGGUGUAUCAAUCAUUUUGUUUAAAUAUUGCCUCUACUUAAAUGAAAAUUGCAUUUAAUCAAGCGAAUUAAAGCUUAUUUGCCUUGUAUUUGUAUCACUGAUGUGUUUUUAAAAGGCAACGAAAUUUGUAAUUUUGAUCAGGUGCGAACAGUGUAACCGUAGUUUAGCCAUGUAAAAACUGCAUUAUAAGCAGGGACCUUUCAAGCAUUUUCUCAAUCUUUGUUAUAUUAUAUGCCGUAUAUUGUACAUUAAUUUGAAUGAAUA